AUGGGGAAGAAGCUCGAGGUGGCUCCGGACUCUUCGGCGGAUCCAUCGCGAUCUGCAGACAAUACCCUUACAGCUCCAUCUUCAGCAUUAGAUGCCACCCUUACCUCCUUGUUUGCUACCAGCUCCGGACCCGUCAACGUUCCGCCCGUUCGCAAGGCUAGGAAAUUGCAGGAUUCGAAUUCUUCACGGCCAGAUACCGUAGCCAUCCCCAAAGAUAUAAAAGGUGGGGAAGAUGAAUAUCCUUCGAGGUCAGAGUUGUUUCGAGCAGAAUUUCCACCAGAUCACCAGGCCGCCAGUUCAACACCUUCGGACAUAGAUGAAGACACCCUUCCCUUGCCAUCGAGGAAGCGGAGGCGAAUGGUACUAGCUGAUGAUGUCGAAGAAUCUUUCAUGAGACGCCUUGCUCAUCAAGAAGCCCGAUUUCAAAGCGAAAUAGAUGUUAUUAGACGGCCAGUAUCAUCAUCUGCCACAAAUACGGUGGGACCUAAAGAUCCAUCGGAGCAGGUUGCCUCAGAAGGCCUUGAACCAGAAGACAAUGAUCAUUUCCCACGACACGAAUCGCUAGGUGGCGUAGUCGACGGCAGUUCAAUAGACAAGUCUGAUAGGACUGUCUUCUUGGGCAAUGUCUCGAUCGAGGCAAUCAAGUCAAAAUCUGCAAAGAAAUUGUUGCUGAACCAUUUGUCAUCCUGUCUCCCUCAGCUGCCAUCUGUGGGGGUACCGCACAAGGUAGAAUCGCUGCGGUUCAGGUCAACCGCUUUUAUCUCUGGAGUGGGACCGAAAAGAGCUGCCUACGCCAAAAAGGAGCUGAUGGAAGAGACCACUCAUUCCACCCAUGCAUAUGUCGUGUAUACAACUCAGAUGGCGGCCAAGAAGGCGGCCACUUCAUUAAACGGUACCAUCGUGCUUGACAGACACCUGCGUGCCGAUCAUGUCUCUCGUCCCGCAGAGAUCGAUCAUAGACGUUGCGUCUUCGUCGGCAAUCUUGGCUUUGUUGAUGAGGAGAUUGUCGAAACCGAGACCGCUAGCGGGGUUAAGGAACGCAAGGGAAGAGGAAAGCAUCCGGCUGAUGUGGAGGAAGGACUGUGGCGAAGUUUCAGCAACGCUGGAAAGAUCGAGAGCGUGCGAGUAAUCAGGGACAAGUCUACUCGUGUCGGAAAGGGCAUCGCAUACGUGCAAUACCAUGACGCAAAUAGCGUCGAAGCGGCUUUGCUAUACAACGACAAAAAGUUUCCACCUCUUUUGCCUCGAAAGCUCAGAGUCACCAGGGCUCGGAAACCCAAGGAGGGACGGAAGCCUGCGCAUCAAUCGAAAGACAGAAGCACGCGCUCAGAAAGACCUGGUGUCAAAUGGGAUCCUCGGGGCAACGGCAAGGCCUUGCAAGCCAAAGGAGAGACAAAAGGAGAGAAUAGCGAGCAGUCGAGUAAGGCCAAACGCUUUGUUUUUGAAGGUUAUCGGGCUACCACAGCAGGCGCUCACAAUACAAAAGCGAGCGGACAGAAGAAGCGGAAGCAUGCAGUCAAACCUACCACCAGAAGUAGUCGUCGAGGGGCAGCAUUCAAGGCUGCAGGUGGGAAGCGACAGCAGGAGUAG